AUGAAGGUACAUGUGGAGGGUAAACCCAUGUGUCAUAAAGACACAACUGAAAACAGCUGUUGCAAGAAAAGAGGCUCUGCGAACUGCCCCCGGAGUCUUUUCGCGGCUUUUUCAUGCCAUUUCGCCUUUGCAUUCUCUUGUUCCUGAAAUUCUUCCUUGAUGGUAAGUCUGAUCUGAAUGCUUGCUAGCCCUUCACAACAAGAACCAUUUUUCUAGAGACUGAAAAAAAAGAAAUUUUCUCGGACAAGACAAAAAAAAAUUGAUGCAAUAUAGCAAAGAAUCAGGAUUAAUAGAGGCGUCCUUUUCAAAAACUGAAAGUUUUUGCAGGCCUGCAAAUUUAUUCUUUGCAUGUAGUACAGUUUCGUAAAAGUUUUCGGCCGUACAAGGAAAUAAAACUUUUACUUGUAGUGUUGAAACUUUAAAGCUCUAAAAGAUGAGGAUUUGAGCUUUCUGUGAGCCGACCGUCGUAGAGACCAGCGUCCACAUCGAAAAGGUUGCGAACAUCGACUUUGACAAGCAGGUCCUUCAAACAACAACGAAAAAAAUAGGACCAAAGCUUUAAAAUUUAUUUCUCGAAAAUAACUCAAUCAUUAUUUUCUCAUCACUGUCCUUAUAGGAAAAAAUUCAGUUUACUGUAAAGAAUCAUAAGAAUUUUUUUAAAUUUAUCUCUACGUCCGUCAUUAAUAUUUGGAUCCAAAUUUCAUUAAUCCAAAAUGGAAUCGCUUUGAUCAGCAAGAUAAAUAUACAACUCUUCAUCGGGUAAGCCUAUAUUCAAAUAGUUCAGACAUUCGAAGCGGUGCUGACGAGUGAACAAUGGCUUCGCGGCGUGAACGUGACGCCAGUGAGACACGAAUUGAUGAAGACAGAUGAAGUGUUCGAGCCGUUGUCGGAGAUCUCGGUGCAGGUAAGCCUUCCUAAGGUGGGCAGUUCAAACGAAGCUUCAGGCCGAGGAGAACGUCGUUCUUCCGCCGGUGCACCUCGCAUUCGUGGGUGACGCCGUCGUCGGUCGCAAAACUAGGUUCCUUGAAGAGUAGCUAAAUAUGUUCUUUUGAAUUUAGGCACAAAAUGAGUGUUCCUUGCCAUUUCGAUGAGGCUUUUCCAUUCGACGUGCACAACUGCGAUGUCUGCUUUCUAGCAAGUCUGUUUAAUACCUUUUGGGAAACCAUCCAUAGAGUCUUGAAAGUGCAACUCCACUUGAAAAUAAAAUUGUUUAACUAGCAUCAUGUUUAGCGAAAUCAUCGACAGAUGAGCUCCUACUACAGUGGGUCAACUCGGGGGCAAUAACGGUACACCCGCGGCUCAAAAUAGCCAACUUAUACAUUAGCUCUGUAGUUGUAGAGUCGAAUAACUUCGAAACAGGCUUUUCUUAAGGUAACUCCACGAACAAAAACGCAUCAAGUCUCUUUGCCAUCAAAAUAUGCUUCUUCUUCCCUUCAAAGUAGGUUUGAUACCUGAAUCAGGUAAAAGUUCUGAUCAGUCUGCGUAAUCUUUCCACUCACCGGCGCGGUCAGAAGAUCAGCAAUGAAUAUUUGUUUUGUAUUUUUAGUCAUAAAUGUAAUCGACUAGGCGGUCAAAAACUUUCAAAGUUAUAACGAACAACCGUUUUUAAUAACUUCAAAAGUUCAAAGCCUUCGGCAAACUAGAAUAUCAAACGUGUAGUCGAUCAAGUUGAAGUAUGGUCUAACGGUCCUUCGCCUUGCUCUUCUGCGCGUAGUCCAUUCAGUUGCAACUUGAUGAGCACAGAAAAUAGCGGAAUUGUCGCUGGAACCAGUAGACUGUGCUCUAGGUGGAAACCUCAAAAUGAGACCACUUUGAGUCAAGACUUACACGGAUUAUGGAAAUAGUACAAAACUGAAGGAUGAGGAAAAGAGCCACACUUUCAAAGGUUUAAAAUACAUAAACCAACCAAGAUUAGAACUGAAACGGUACUAAUUCCUGGAGCUUCGGUAUGAACUUUGAAAGAAAGUUGACAAAUAUAAUUUCAAAAAAAAAAGAAAUUUGGAAAUUUACAGGAUCUCACUCGUCAGCAUGCGUAGUUUUGCAGCUGCGUAGAGUUUUGAGUAUCUGCGUGAUCCGUUUCUUUCUCCCGUCUUCGGCCUUGUUCCUCCUGGCGACGUGCGCGUCCUUCAUCUCCCGUUCCGAAGUCACCUGUCGUAUUCUGUUGAUAACCGUGUCAAUGCUCUCGCAGCUCGUCUUGGUUAGUAUAAAUAAACAAUAGAAAAAAAAUAAUCUAGUUUAAAACUAUCAGAGUUGAAUUGCAGGUCUCGUCUUUUCUGAAAACUUUUCCAUCAACGUCGACAAUAUCUGCACUAGAUAUUUGGAUCUUACUUUUAAUUGCUCAAUACUGCUUUUUCAUAGCUCUGGUUGGUAUAAAUGGAAGUCGCGAUCAUGAACUUUUCAAGGAAUUGGUGGUCAUUUGGACAGAAGAAAACGCUAAAAAAUAUAAAAGAUUAAUGAAUGAGUCGUCAGACGUUAGAGAAGUUUGACAAGCCUCAAUGGAACUAUUAAAAAAAGAUUUUUUUCAGAAGAGCAGAAGUAGACACGAAAGAAUAGCCUCCAAACAACUUUUUUAUCGAGAAGGCAGCAAGGUGAAUUUUUUUUCUUGUGCGUUUAUACCAAAAUCGAAGCGAUCGGAUGAGAUUCAAGAAUUGCUUUGCGGUCCCUAUUUGGAUGUUUGAAAUGAAGAAUCUUACUCAAAAGAUGUUUUUAUGAAAUCAAGGAACAAUAUAUGACUUACAGGCAAGUAGUUGCGAGCCUCCGAGUAACGUUUAUUCGACGCCCUUCCGCAAGUCGCACGAUGCUAGCACGCUUCUUGGAGCGCGGGUUCAACUAGUCGAAAGAGUUCUUCUCCCUACCAUACAUUUUUUUUCGGUUGCAUUUUAUUUCGGUUACUACCAACUGAUCUCUGUUUGA